AUUUUGUUAAAGUUAUUCACAUUUUAACAGAUUCUGCAAGGGGUUCACAACCUUUCAAGCAGCACUGUAUAUAUUUUGCUGCCGUUGUGAUACAGGUAAGGUUAGGAACAGGUUUGGUGGUAUAGUUUAAACUGAUAAGUCAACGGUGUAAUUAUAGCUGUAAAUACAGAAAUUAAUUAACAAGCAGGUAUUUUUAAAUUAUAAGUACAAUGUAAAAACCUGUAAGUGCAUUGUAUCAAUUGAUUAAUUUAAUUGUCAGUACAUAAAGGCACUUAAUAUACAGUGGGACAGAACAUUGCAUCUAUAACAAGCAAUUUUUUUAUUUAAGUAUGUCUGGGUAGAUAUUUCAUUUGUCAAGAAAAGGAGCAGUUGUAAUGGAUACGCGUGUCGCCUCCAAGCAGUAAAUGACAUAGAGUACAUAGUCAGCUCCAAGCUGUAACAGUUCCUUGGCAACGCUGGAGAGCAGGGGAGUGAGUGAUAGCCUACUUAAAGAGCAGAGCUGUGACUCCUGCUGAAGCCGACCGCAUCCAACACCUCCAUCAGCAUCUCUGAGUGAGCGGCUGCAGGAGACUGAAUGGCACAUGCUGAGGUAGGGCAACAGCUUUUUUUUCAUUUAUGUGCUGUCAAAUAUUCUGCAAAUGCCUGUUUUAGUGCCAAUAUUCCACUUUAUAUCCUAUGAAAUCAGCAGUUGCAUGUAACUUGUGUUGGAUGAUAAAUCUGAAUUAAGUGAACAAUGAAGUUCAUUUUAUAUUUUUACAUUUUGUUUUGAAGUGUUCUUUGCUGGUUCAGAGAAGAAGGUAGCUAUAGAUUGUGUAUCUGUUGCUAAACCAUCAUCAUCAUCAUCAUCAUCAGAGGUCAUCAUGGGGUCAAGUUCCUCAUCUUAUGCCCCUAAAACUAUUUAUCUGGAGGUGGAUGGAAAAGUGCAAAGGGUGAUUUUCAGUCGACACUGUAGUCCAUGUGACAUCAAGGAGCUCCUUUGUUCAUCAUCCAAUAUUGCCAGAAACACAGCUAUACUUCUGAUUGACUCAGAAGGAGCAUUGAUAUCCAUUGACCCUACCAUGCCAGCAAACACUCCAAACAACUUAUAUAAGGUUAUGCCCCAUUCCACAAACCAAGGAGGAGAGAAGGAAGACAUGUUCCAGAACGUCCUGUCACAAGUGGCUGAGCAGUUCAGCAGGGCUUUCAGGAUCAAUGAGCUGAAGACUGAAGUGACCAACAGACUGGCCAUGCUGGAGAAGAGAGUGGAACUGGAGGGACUGAAAGUGGUGGAAAUUGAGAAGUGUAAGAACGAUCUGAAGAAAUUGAGAGAUGAAAUGACCUCUAGAGGAGGAGUGCGAGUGACUUGCAAUUGCAAAUAUAACUUUAGUGAUGAUGGGAAGAAACUCUCUCCUAGACGAGAUGUCCCGAGCUACCCAAAGUACACACUUUCUCAGGAAACAAUAGAGGCUCUGAAAAAACCCACCUUUGAUGUAUGGCAUUGGGAACACAAUGAGAUGCUUAGCUGUCUGGAGUAUAUGUAUCAUGACCUGGGACUGGUUAAGGAGUUUAAUAUGAAUCCCAUAACUCUCAAAAGAUGGCUGCUGGCAAUUCAAGAAAACUACCGCGACAACCCUUUCCACAAUUUCCGUCACUGCUUUUGUGUGAGCCAGAUGAUGUAUGGAAUGAUCCAUCUGUGUAACCUUCAGGAGAGGCUGACAAUGACAGACAUGUGUAUUUUGAUGACCGCAGCAGUUUGUCAUGACCUGGACCACCCGGGAUACAACAACACGUAUCAAAUUAAUGCCCGCACUGAGCUGGCUGUGCGCUAUAAUGACAUCUCUCCACUGGAGAACCAUCAUUGUGCUGUGGCCUUCCAGAUCCUCUCCAUGCCCGAGUGCAACAUAUUCGCCAAUGUAGAGCCUGACUCCUUCAAACAGUUACGACAGGCGAUCAUUACUCUUAUUCUGGCGACGGAUAUGGCCAGGCAUGGAGAGAUACUGGACUCCUUCAAACAGAAAGUGGACAACUUUGACUUUACCAAUGAGGAGCAUGUUAAAUGUCUGAAGAUGGUCUUGAUCAAGUGUUGUGACAUCUCCAAUGAGGUCAGACCCACUGAGGUGGCAGAGCCGUGGGUGGACUGUCUCCUGGAGGAGUACUUCAUGCAGAGUGACAGAGAAAAAUCAGAAGGUCUUCCUGUGGCUCCGUUUAUGGAUCGUGACAAAGUCACCAAACCAACGGCACAAAUUGGCUUCAUUAAAUUCGUCCUCAUCCCAAUGUUUGAGACUGUCAUGAAGCUCUUUCCACAGAUUGAGGAGAUCAUGGUUCAGCCUUUGAGAGACUCCCGUGAUCACUAUGAAGAGCUCAAACAGAUAGAUGAUGCCAUGUCGGAGGCACAGAAGAAGAAAACAGAAAGCAUGUCUUUGGGUGGAAAGAAGAAAUAAUCUACAGUCUGCUUCUUUUAUGGAAUCUCAGGCCGAUCCUGCUCCCAGUUUUCUGAAACUGAGGUUUUGAACUGUUUGGGCUCUCCAAGCACCCUAUUUCUGAAGGAGAGUGUUGGACCCCCUUCUAUGUAUUGAGACAUCAAGAAUUUCCAGAAAAGACAGUCACCUGUAGUAAAGGAGGGGGUCAAAGUGACUAAUUCUGUUGAUUUUGGUGAUCUAAUUAUUCCUCACAGAUAGGCUAUGUUUACACUAUUGAAAUAAAGUGCUUGGCCCUCAAAUAUUGUUUUACUGUCACAGUAAAAAUAUAAAUAAACACGUUUUGGAAGGUGCAGUCAAGAUUUGUAACUUGAAGAUGCUUGAUCAGAUAAUGGCAUUAUAUGAAAACACAAACUGAUUUGUACUUUGGUACGUAUUGAUUUUAAUUCUGGCACUGAGUGAAUUUUGUAGGAAAUGAUUUUACCAAAGCAGUUAAUAGUAAUAACUCAGGAAAACAUGUUAAGCAUUGUUCCAACAGAAAACCUUACAUGUGAACAAAAAACUUUGAAAAUCAAUAAAAUAUAAUCUUGAAACAUGUCUAAAUUGGUGUUGUUGUUUUUUAUAUAUUCUUGGGACUGUAAAAAUUCACAGCAUUUACCUGUGAAAACUAUAAAAUAUUAAUUUCUAGAAGAGCAUUUAUAAAUUGAAAUUGAUCCCUGAAAAAAAG